AUGUCUCUCCGUCGAUCCCUUCGAUCGCGAAAGACACAAGAUAAUACCCCAGAACCAGAAGCUAACAUGGCCACAAGGUCUACGAGACAAACUCGUUCCUCCACUGCUGCAUCUGCUUUAGUGUCAGUCUCUCGAUCUUCAUUGAAUUCAGGAGAUCGAAAGAGAUCUCUCCGUCUUACUGUCAAAAUGGCCUCCAGCAAAUUGCGGGAAGCUACAGGUGCUGGUCGUUCUGCUGGACGGCGCUCAGUCAACGUGUUCCGGGAAGAUCCCAUUGUCUCGGGACCCCGCUCCAGUCGGAACCGAAAGAAGAUUGUAGAAGUUGCUACAAGCGACGAAGAGGAAAUAGACGACCAAGAAGAGGAUGAGGUCGACGAUGAAGAUGCGCCUGGUGAUGACGAUGAUGACGAAGAUGCCGAAGCUGACGCUGACGCUGAUGCUGAUGGCGACAUCGAUAUGGACGACAUCCAGCCUCAGGCGCCUACCAGGCGCGGUAAGAUCACUCCUCCGUCCAGCGCUAAGCCGCCCAAGAGCGUGGAGGCUAAGGAGAUGGAAAUGGAAGAAGAGGAAGAGGAAGAAGAUGAAGAUGAAGAGCCUAUCUCCGAUACGGAUGAAGAUGCCGAAGCCGAGGGUGAAGACCAGGAUGAAAUUGCAGUCCCAGACGUUAACGUUGAUGAUCUUGAUGAACUUGACGAAGAGGACGAAAUAGACGACGACAUGGAUAGUGAUGCCCUCGCUAUGCAAAGUGGCAAAACCACCAAGCGCCAGCGAGGAAAUCUGGGAAAUGAUUUCCUGCAACUUCCCAUGGAGCCUCAAGUCAAGAAGCACUUGACCGCCGAGGAGCGUCAGAUGCGUCGUGCAGAGAUGGCGCGGCGAAGGAAGAACCUGAGUGAGAAGCGCAAUGAAGAGGAAAAGAUGGACACAAUUAAUCGACUGCUGAAGAAGCAGGCGCCCAAGCGGCGUGGUCGAGCUGCGGCAGAGGGCACUGAUGGCACCCCGGGCCAAGAAGGCGCGGAGGCUGAGAAGGCCAACCCUACCAUGGCGCGGUGGAUCAGCGGUCAAAAUGGCUGUAGAGUCGCUGCACCAGAAGAAUGGCUGGGUACACCUACUGGACGUGUCUUCGGCGCACCUACCGUUCCCGCGGGAAAAAUGGUUGAAGAAGUUUGA